UCACAGACCAAGAUGGCGGCGGAGCGGACAGCCGGCCCCUCACGGACCGACUAGAGAAGCUUCUCGCGGCCGGACAGCAGCGACUCCCGUCCGGGACCAGGACACCGACAGACUGACAGCCGACAGCCGGCAUCGGCCGCCUCAACCGUUUGUUCUUCCUUUUCCUCCCGUUACCGACACCGGUGUGAUGAGACAGCGCCGGUAGACGACACCGGAGUGGGGUUGUGCGUGACGUCCACAAGCGGGGCAGCCGGUGGGGAUGGGCGAUGCUGGAGGACAGAGGCCCCCGUGUAGCGGACUACUUUGUGGUGGCGGGCCUGACGGACCCGUCCACGCCGCUGGACCAGGAGAUCCGCUUUGACGACGUCUGCCACAAGACGGCCAAGCCGCGGGCGCCCAUCACCGACGUGGCGGUGGUGAUCCGCUCGCUGGGCGAGGAGGCGCCGCCGGGGUUCACCUGCGUGGAGGAGACGCCGAGCGGCCACUCGGCCGACCUCAACAACGGCGGCCUCAUGGCGCCCCAGAUCUUCCUGUGCUACAGGCGGGGGCGGGACAAGCCGCCGCUCACCGACCUGGGCGUGCUGUACGAGUGGAAGGAGCGCCUGAUGACGGGCUGCCAGCUCAUCCAGACCACGCCGGCCGGCCGCCCGGCCAACGUCAGCGGCAACUCCUCCCAGAGGAUCUACGUCACGUACCGCCGGGCGCCGGAGAGCCAGCCGCACUCCGCCCUGGCCGUCACCGACAUCUGCGUCAUCCUGCCGGGCAAAGGGGAGAUGCCGCCGCACACCUUCUGCAAGGUGGAGAAGAAUCUCAACAGCAGCAUGUGGGGCUCCACUGUGUACUUGUGUUACAAGAAGUCUGUGGCCAAAACCAACACAAUCGCCUACAAAGCAGGCCUGUUCAGCAGAUACCCAGAGGAGGACUACGAGUCCUUCCCCCUGCCGGAGUCGGUUCCCCUCUUCUGCCUCCCCAUGGGGGCCACCAUCGAGUGCUGGCCGGCCAACACCAAGUACUCCCUCCCCGUGUUCUCCACCUUCGUCCUCACCGGAGCCUCCGGAGAGAAGGUCUACGGAGCAGCCAUUCAGUUCUACGAGGCGUUCCCACCGGAGUGUCUGACCGACCUGCAGCGCUCCCAGCUGGGUCUGCUGAUCCCCAAUCCACCAAAGCCCUGCUCCUCUUCCUCCUCUUCCUCCUCCAGCCGAGCAGGCACAGCCACCGCCGCCCCACGCUCGGUCUACACCAACAAGUGCAUCUGUCUGCUCUCCCAUUGGCCGUUCUUCGACGCCUUCCGCAAGUUCCUGACGUUCCUCUACCGGUACUCCAUCUCCGGGCCGCACGCCCUGCCCAUCGAGAAGCACAUCUCUCACUUCAUGCACAAGGUGCCGUUCCCUUCCUCCCAGAGGCCUCGCAUCCUGGUGCAGCUUUCUCCUCAUGACAGUCUGAUGCUGAGCCAGCCGGUGUCGUCUCCUCUGCCCCUCAGCGGCGGGCGGUUCUCCAUGCUGCUGCAGAACCUCGGCCCGGAGAACGCCGUCACCUUGCUGGUGUUCGCCGUGACGGAGCACAAGAUCCUGGUCCACUCGCUGCGGCCCGCCGUGCUGACCAGCGUCACCGAGGCGCUGGUGUCGAUGAUCUUCCCCUUCCAUUGGCCCUGCCCCUACAUCCCUCUGUGCCCCCUGGCGCUAGCCGGCGUGCUGAGCGCCCCCUGCCCGUUCAUCGUGGGCGUGGACUCGCGCUACUUUGACCUGUACGACCCGCCGCCGGACGUGAGCUGCGUGGACCUGGACACCAACACCAUCUUCCACAAUGAAGACAAGCGAGCCGUGACGUGGAAGAUCCUCCCGAAGAAGGCCUGCAAGAACCUGAUGAACGCGCUGAGCGUUCUGUACCAGCAGCUGGUGGACGGCCAGCAGCGGCCCGACGGGCUGCUGGAGCUCAGCAUGAGCUGCUCCUCGGAGCUGAGCUGUGGGAAGAGCAUCCUCACGCUGGAGCUGGAGAUCCAGGAGGUCUUCCUGCGCUUCAUGGCGGCCAUCUUGAAAGGCUACCGCUCCUUCCUGCGCCCCAUCACCACGGCGCCCUCAGAGAAGGCCACGGACGCCAGCUCGCUCUUUGACCUGCAAGGGUUCCUGAAGAGCCGCGAUCGUUCCCACCAGAAGUUCUACUCCCUGAUGACGAAGACCCAGAUGUUCAUCCGCUUCAUCGAGGAGUGUUCCUUCGUCAGCGACAAGGACGCCAGCCUCGCCUUCUUCGACGACUGCGUGGACAAACUCUACAGCUCAGAGCGCAGCGCGGACAAGGGAGGGAAGGUGGACGGCGACAGAGCGGAGGAGACCUGGCUGAUCGAGACCGACGAGUCUCAGCGCAGCGAGCACACCGUGUUCAUCACCCCCCCCGAGCUGCCCCCCCUCCCCGGGGGGGAGGAGUACCCGCUGUGCUACAGGUACGACAGCUUCCCGGUGCUGAGCCUCGACCUCUUUGACCCCGUAGAGGGCCUGAGGACGCCGUCCUCCCGCUUCGCCGCCAAGCACAGCUGCCCCACAAGCCCCGCCCCCGUGUUCAGGCGCACCAAGCAGGAGAUCAAGUCGGCCCAGAAGAUCUCCAAGAAGAACUGGUCAGUGCCCCAGCUGUGGUCCAAGUGCCUCCUGCGCCACUGCUACGGCCUGUGGUUCAUCUGCCUGCCGGCCUACGUCAAGGUGUGCCACUCCAAGGUGCGCGCGCUGCGCAUGGCGUACGACGUCCUCCGGAAGAUGCAGGCCAAGAAGCUGCAGCCCCCCGACGAGGUGUGCUACCGGGUGCUCAUGCAGCUGUGUGGUCAGUACGGUCAGCCCGUCCUGGCCGUCAGGGUCCUGUUUGAGAUGAAGAAGGCCGGCGUGCAACCCAACGCCAUCACGUACGGCUACUACAACAAGGCGGUGUUGGAGAGCACGUGGCCCUCUAGCACCAGAGGAGGGUACUUCCUGUGGAUGAAGCUGAGGAAUGUGGUUCUGGGCGUGGCCCAGUUCAAGCGCGCCCUGCGCCGCCCCGCCCCCCCAGCCCAGAGUCCUCUGUCAGCCGGCAGUGGGCUGGACGCGUCUCACCUGGGCCCCGCCCCCCUCCCCUCGGCCCGGGUCGACCCCGCUGACGACAGGUCUAGCACAGGGGACCAAUCAGAUUUGGGUUACAACUCCUUGUCCAAGGAGGAGGUCCGGAGAGGAGAACCUCCUCAGGAGAACAAAGACGACAAGAAGGAGAGCGACUGCAGCUCCCUGUCGGAGACGGAGAGCACCAGGGGGAGUAAGGACCUCCUCCCUCAGCCGGACCAGGAGGCUCCUCCCUCUUUCCGGCCUCGCGGCAUCGUGCGCAGCAGCUGUCCGUACGACGACGCCUCCAAACCCCAGAGCUCCGUCAGCACAGGCCAGGUGGCGGGCCUCCUCUUCAUCUCCUCCCUGGAUGAGAUCGGCGAGCUGCACCCCAACGCGCUGCUCCGGAGGCACAAGAGCGCCCUGGAGGAGGAGCUGGGCCUGGGCAUGAGCCGCGGGGAGACCGACCCGGGGGAGGUCGCCGGCCGCCUCGGCGCCGACGCCAGCAUCCUCUCCGGCACCGACGCCAGGAGGAGGCCUCGCUCGCUGGCUCUGAGCGGGAUGGAGCACAGGGAGGAGGAGGAGGAGGAGGAGGAGGGGCGGGACUCCAGCGACGAGGACCGGGGCAACACGGACGGCAUUUUUGAUCUGGAGGACCUGGAUCUCGAUCGACCCGCGGCGAGCGGCGGCCGGUCCCACAAGCAGCCCGUGGAGCGCGGCGCGAAGCGCACGGGCAUCCAGACGGGCGCCGACCCGCUGUCCCUGCUGGCGGCGCAGUGUCACACGGAGCGGCCCGGCGAGGACCGGUACCCGCGGGGCGGCGAGGCCGGGACGCCGGGCGCCCGCGGGCACCUGGCCCGCGAGAUCGAUCUGUACAUGACCCACAUGGGCAGCCCGCUGAGCAGCCGCACGCCGAGCCUGGACCUGCAGGACCUCGCCGCGCCGCCGCGCCGCGCCAGCCUGCCGCACGGCUCGCCCCUCAGGGGCGCCGCGGUGACGCGCUCGCGCACCUUCCAGCCGCCGUCGCCCUGCCGCCCUGUCCCGCGCCAGCGCCUGCUGUCCUCGCCGUCCUGCCGCAGCUCCGGCGCCACCACGCCCAGCGCCAGCCCCCGGCCCAGCCCCCUCAGGUCGCCGUCGCCCUCCUCCUCGUCCUUCGCUCUGGACACUUUGCUCACGCCGUCGCUCGACGUGUUCAAGACCAGCGUGUUCUCCGCUGGGAAGGGCGUGGCCGAGAAGGCGAGCCGCUGGUACUCCCGCCUCGCCACAUACACCACGCCCACCAAGGACGGGCACAGCGACCUCCUCGGCGUGGGGGAUCCCGACGGCUCCUCCCUGCUGGACCAGGAGGACUCUCGGGGGUCCGAGGGCUCCGCGGUCUCCCCGCGGAGCAUCGGCCCCGGGGGGCCGCGCAGGAGCCCCCUGCGCAACCGGCUGGACAGCCCGUCUGCAGGGUCCGGCCUCGGGAGACCCUCCUCUCUGCUGCCCGGGUGCGUGCUCUCUCCUCCCGGCUUCCCAGACAAGUCCGACCUCGGCUCAUCGCUCUACACCAGCAGCACCAGCAUCUUCAACAACUACGCCAUGGAGCUGCUGAUCUCCAGCUGCUCCCGCUGCAGGUCAUGUGACUCUCUGGUCUACGACGAGGAGAUCAUGGCCGGCUGGACGGCGGACGACUCCAACCUGAACACCACGUGUCCGUUCUGCGGGAACCCGUUCCUCCCCUUCCUGAACGUGGAGAUCCGGGACAUGAGGGGACCCGGCAGGCUGUUCCUGAAGGGCAGCCCGUCGGUGGACGAGGCCAUGACCUCGUCGUGCUCCGCCUCCACCGGUCUGGACUCCUCCUCCUUGUCCACACCCUGCCCCAGGACCGCCCUCUCCCCCCCCUCCCCCGUGGUCGCUGUGCAGGAGUGUUUGGGGAGUGGAAGGACUCCUCCCCCCAGAGCUCAGGGGAUCAGCGUCCUCUCUCCGCCACCGGGGGCGCCGCUGGGCCGCAGCGUCAGCGCCUUCGGGCCUCUGGACGAGGAGCCGCGUCUCGCCCGCCGCGUGCCGACGUCGGGCAGCCUGCCCAGCCGCCUGCACGGGGCCACGGACCCCCUGGGCGUGGCGGCGGCGUGGCGGCGGCCCCGCCCCCAGCCGGUGACGGUGCCCUACCUGAGCCCCCUGGUGCUGUGGAAGGAGCUGGAGAGCCUCCUGGAGAACGAGGGCGACCCGGUGAUCACGGCGGCGCCGCUGGUGGACCAGCACCCCAUCGUGUUCUGGAACCUGCUCUGGUACUUCAGGCGCCUGGACCUGCCCAGCAACCUGCCGGGCCUCGUGCUCACCUCAGAGACCUGCAACCGGGACGCCCAGGUCCCCCGGCCCUGUAUGUCAGAGGACAGUAAGCAUGUGCUGAUCCAGAUGUUGUGGGACAACCUGAAGCUGCAGCAGGACUCGGUGCAGCCGCUCUACAUCCUGUGGAACGCCUUCAAUGUGGGCUACCCUCUGCCUCGGCCCGUCCCUGAGGAGGAGCGGCCGCUCAGCGAGGAGCUGCUGCAGAGCGUCGUGAGGAGCAUCCAGAGGAACGAUGUCGGCCGGCCGCUGAGUCAGCUGCUGCCGCUGCUGAACCACACGGCCGGGGUCAGGAGGCAGAGGAGUUUGUACCGAGACAUCCUCUUCCUCUCUCUCGUGGCUCUGGGGAAAGACAACAUCGACAUUGACUCCUUCGACCGCGAGUACAAGCUGGCCUUCGACCGCCUGGCGCCGGGUCUGGUGAAGCUGACCCGCAACUGUGACCGGCCGCCCAGCACCGGGGUCAUGGAGUGCCGCCGCACCUUCGGAGAGCCUUACCUGUAACACACACACACAGACACACACAGGCACACACACACACACAAACACACACACACACACACCAUCGCUUUAGGACAAGCUCAGGAAUCCGGUCGGGAGACUGAAUGUUUUCGUGGUGUUUCAGCCUGAAGAUGAGCCCCGAGUCCCACGGUCCAUGAACACACCGUCAUCCUGAGGACUGUACAUACAGAGCGUCUCUUUGUAAACAUUUAUAAAGCAUAUUAGCAAUAUUUUAACUCUAUUUAUACAAAAUAAGCUUUAUUUAUUGUCCCGUCCGUGUGUCCGGAUGGAUUCAGUGUCUUUAGCUUUUGUGUGUUAACGAGUCGAAACAUCGAAGAAACACAAGAAAUGCCCCAAAGAUCAAUAAAACAAUAACAUAAAUAAAAACAAUAAAUAAACAAGAACAAUAAAACCAAACAUCGCUCAACUUCUCAGAGGAAACGAUGAAGCGUUUCGUGGUCAGAGCGGUCGGCAGGUAUUCCUCGAAUGAAAGGAAGCGUUCGUCACACGUGAUGCGUUCAUGGCCCGUCAGAAAAAUGAACGUCAGAAGAAAAUGGUGUUUUUUUUACCGCUUCAGUUUGAUCCCGGGGCGAUUGUUUAAAGAAAACUACUUUCUGAGGGUUAGAACAGCUUUCAGAGCGUGUGGUGCCUCUUGUGGCUGAAAUGAGUAUUACAACAACAAACACACAACGUCACACCACAGGACAGAAUCUUCAUAUUUAGGAUGGAACAAGUUUUCAUUCUCACGUCAGAGUCGGACUGAAUGUUUGAAUGAAGCUUUCUGCUGAAGAGACGUUCAGGUCCAAAACGGGAUGUCAGCGCCGGUACUUUCAGUGGAGCGUUUUGUCUCUUCAAGGUUUUUUCCGGUUCCUCACAAACAACCGGCAGCAUUUCUCAAAACAGAAUUCAUCUCGUAGUUUUCAUCUUUUUGUUUUUUGUCUGUUUUUACCACGUUGUACUCGCCAAAAUAAAAGCUCAAGCAGCUACGAUGAAGUCCGUAGAAACCGGAGCGGAAGCUUCAGCUCCUUCAGAGACAUCGAGAUAAGAGUUCCUGGACACUUAAACACUUAAAUCACACGAUGAGGUGAAAAUAUAGAGAAUAAAUGAACAAAUACUGGCCUCAAAAAAAAUAAAACAUCAACGUUAAGAGUCAAGAACAGCUGAUUUAGAAAAUACAUGACAUUAAUAUAUGACAUUAAUAUAUGACAUUAAUAUAUGACGUUAAUACAUGACGUUAAUAUAUGACGUUAUUUUAUUAUAGAUUUUAUAAAGUUAAUAAUUAGUCGCCAUGACAGAUCGUCUCUGUGUUUAUUUUAUCAAACUUUAUCAAAACACAAAAAUAACUACAAACUCUUCACAUUGUGUUUUAUUUUGUUGACUUCUCGAUGAACAAACGUCUCAUUUGCACAUUAAAAAAAAGUUCAUAUUUGAUUUCCGCUGAAACUUUAAAUUUUCUCUCUGAUGAAAGUUGUUGUUCUUCGAUUCUGAUGAAACUGGAGAAGAAGUUGUUGUUGUUUACGGCUGAAGGAGGACCCUCUGGACCCACAAGGGUCUCAUGAGCCUCAGGUCCCUCUGGACCCUUGAGGGUCUCUCUGGACCCUCUGGACCCUCCAGGACUCGGGGGCCCAGCUGGGGGGUCACGUUGUACAUUUGUAGAAUCACAUUUUAUAAGAUGUGCUGAAGUUCCUGUGAGACGUUGACGAGGUUCUUCUGUAGCAAAUAAAACCACUUCAUCUCA